CUGUUGCCUUUUGACUUAGAAACCAAACCCUUAAAAUUGACAGCUGCCUUAGAUUUGCACCAUGGAAACCGUGUCACCAGGAGACCAAGGGAGACUGGGAGCAAUUGGGCUACUAGACCAGCAUUAGGCUGAAAGGGGUCAACAGACAAGUUUGUAUUUUCCCCCUGGCAGCUGCUUGCAGAGCCCUACCUCAUUUUGAAAACCCAGACACAAAAGUAUAGCAACAUCUACUCACUCUUGCCAUGAUGAGCGGUGGCCAACCUGUGUUUAAUCUAGCACUUGGUUGCAAUGCCUUGCAGUCUUCCUAGGAGGUCCUACAGAGGAAAUCCUGAUGCAGCCUUUUCCCCUGGCAACUGAUGUGGUCCAGCAAUGGAUUGUGACUUCAGCGCAGAGUGAAAUGGGGUGGGUGGAUGGGAAGAUGAGCAGUGGGGAACGUGUCUUCAAAGCAGCGUACUUCAUUUCAAACAAAAUGCUUGAGGGGGAGUCCUCAUCUCUAGAGUUUUCUAUGCCUCCCUCAAGUUUACCGCUCUUGGCAAACACAUUGAAUGGACUAAGUGGUUUCCCUCUGGCAUCAAGGCUUUGGUGGAAGUCACGUUUUUUAAUGCCUUGGUGGCCCAGACCGUUGCUCCUUGAAGUGGGAAAGAAGAGCUUCAGAGACCUCCUUCCUCUACAUGAGGCUGACCUAGAAGAGCAGUUUGUCCGUGGCUCUGGACCCGGAGGCCAAGCAACCAAUAAAACCAGUAACUGUGUGGUCCUGAAACAUCUUCCUUCAGGAAUUGUAGUCAAGUGCCAUCAGACAAGAUCAGUGGAUCAGAACCGUAAAAAAGCUAGAGAGAUCCUCCAGGAGAAAGUGGAUGUUUUCUACAAAGGUGAAACCAGUGACGUUGUUAAGGAGAAGCGGGAAUUUCAGAAGAAAAAGCAAGAGAAGAAGAGGCGAGCAAAAGAAAACCUUGAAAGGAAAAGGCACUUGAAAGAAAUGCAAGCAUUAGAGGACAAAUAAACAGGACUGGGUAGUUGUGGGUUUUGGUUGGUUGUUUUAUUAAAAAAAAACCUCAUCCAAUUUGUUGUGCAUGGGAGGGGGACACUUGCCUGGUUGUGGUUUUUUAGAAUUGUGAGAAAAACUGCUUGCAGUUCAGAGGCAAAAAAGUGACGGUACACUGUGACAUUUGUAGAUGUUCAUCAUUCCAUCGUUUCAGAUGGAAAAGAGCUUUUCUACCUUUGCGGUAACCAGCAAUUGAGCCUACAAACCAACCUUGCCUCACUCUUAAGAAGUUACUGCAUCAAACAUGUUCCAGAUGGAACCAGAUGGAUGCCCCUUGUUUUAAGGCAGGAUUAGGGAGACUUCCUGUCCACACUUUCAGGAAUUGGUGCCCAGUUGCCUUUCGGUAAUAACACAUCAGUGGUUUUGUGGUUGUGGACAAGCAACGCUUAGCUGCAAGCCCUGCCCGAGCCUCUGUCAUCAGGUCAUUACCCAAAAUAGGCCGUGUAUGUGCUGGCCACUCUGCAGCCAUGAAGCAGUGGGUGUGGUGUGUUCCCAGCAUUGUGUCAGCAUUUGGCACAAGGCAUGCAAAAUGAGAACUGCAUGACGCCCAAGCAGAGCCCAUAAAACUAGAACAGCAUGGCAUGCAGUGGAGUGGCAAAGCCACCAAGUAUGUGGUGUCUAACCCUGUGUUUUUCAGCCUUGAGUUCUCAGGUGUAUGUGUGUUGGGACCCCCCAUUUUCCCAUCAUCCCCAGCCAUCUUAGCCAAUGAUCAGGGAUGAUGGAAGUUGUAGUUCAACAACAGCUGAGAACCCAAGGUUGAAAAAGAGUGGCCUAGCCCAGGAUUAGCUGGAUCUCUUACUUUGCGGCCUGCAGAAUAUAGCAGCGAGGCAUUAAUCUCAAGCACUACAGCAGGGAUGGAGAACCUGUCGUGCUCUAGUGGCUUUUGGACUUCUUUCCCCAUCAACCCCAAUCAUUGGUCUUGCUGAAAGAGGCUGAAGAGGGUUGGAGUCUGACAACAUCUGGAAGGCCAUAUGUUCCCUCCAUAAAUGUUCUGCUUUGCCUCAACAGUGCUGGAGUGGAUGCCCAGUGGGUCCUCUCUGUGGCAGAGACAAGGGAACAAGCAAGUAUGGAUGCUCAAACCAAAAACC